AAUGCGACCAUUUCAAAGCGUUCAUCUCGUUCGCCGGGACCUUGGGGGGUUCCCUGUCUUUCUCUCUCCUCUCUCUUUCUCUCUCUGUUCAUUCUACCUCUCAUCUCAUCACACCAGGGCCAAUGGAGAAGACGGUGCUAUAUGGCAUUAUUGUUGGUGGGUUUAUCCUCCUUAUGCUGCUCCUGAUUCUCUUCCUCGUUCUCCUUGCUGCAAGCCAUGGCGUUUCUUCUCUCGUUCCUCCCGCACUCGCACCAUCAAGGCCUCUUCGCCCCCAAUCGGUGACGAUAUUGAAAGGCCACUUGUUUCGGAUGAUCUGAGGUUGCCACAAUAUCAUCAAAGGAAUGACUUUGAUGGGAAUUAUACACUUCUAGGCGGAAAUCAAGCAACUGAUAACCAUGUCAGUUCACUACAUUCGGAUAAAGUUUCCAAACAAGUUGCAUCAGCCACUUCACAGUUAUCGCAAAGCGGGAGUUUUAUUCUGGAUGUAAUUUCUGAAUCUUCUGAUGAUGGUAUUAAUGCGACACUCAGACGUCCAUUGGUGGCCAAUCGAUUGGCUGAAGAACAGAACCGUGUGAAAAAGGAAGGUCAAAUUCCUGAAUCAAAUUAUCGGGAAAUGCUAGCAUUAAGGAAUCUGGAUCCAGAGGAUUUAUAGGAAGUAAUCUCACUCUUGAGGCAAUAUCUGGUCCUUCUCGUGGGCUUAAUUCUUCAAUAAAGUCGACAAAUUCUUCAAGGCUUCCUCUGACAUUAGGGAGGGUGGCUCCCAGUGAAAUCUUGCUGAAGGAUUCAGAAAUUUCAGGGAAGCAUGCAAUGAUAAACUGGAAUUCAAAUGUAAUCGUCGCUUACCAUCUCACACUUGC